AUGACUCAAAUUCCUACUCCACCAGCGUCGCGAUUGGGCUCGGAGGCACCCGAAACGAAGGUGAAGUCGGCAGCUUCAGUGGACUUGGCCCAAUGUUUGGAUACAUUGCUUGAGCAAUACUUACACCUGCUUGAUGAGCAGCAAAAACUGCAGUCAGGCCUAGCAGAACGAUUGUCGUCGGGGUUUAUAGCUCUUGCCCAGGCCAAUUUCUCCAGUCCGCCUGGUCGCCGCUAUGGUCCCGAUUACUAUGAUGAGCGCAUGAAGGCAACGCGGAAUAUCUCAAUUCAAUCAGAAGAACGCGUGGAAGAACUCACGACUGAUCUGCAAGAAACUGAGCAUAUCACUGCAUUUGCUGGCUCUGGAUACACAUUCUCUACCUUACACACACCCAGUCAUAAACCAGAGGAGGUCGAUGGGAACAAUACAACCAAAACCUCUGGUCAGGUCCAAAGUGUACCUCCGGGAGGCUUGGAGGAAACAACCGAAACAACUGAAACAACUGAAACACCCCCAGCUGAGGCGCCCAGCUCAGAAAACCCUGAGUCUUCGAGAAUCAAGAUUGCACCUCUCAAAGAACCAAAGCCCCGCUCCAAGUCAUCUCGUUCUGCCGAUCCAAUUCAUUGGUAUGGAAUCCUGGUCCCUCCAUCGCUCCGCAGAGCACAAGACUCUUUCGCACAUGCGAUAGAUAAUCAGGUCCCGGACCUGGCCAGUACAACAUCCAGAAUGCGGGCUUUGGAACAGCGGAUAAGUCAGUUACGGCUGCAGCUGGAAACUGAAUCCUCCGGGGCAACUAGUCCGUGA